CAACAUGACAGAGAUGCAAUUAAGAUGGAAAUAAUAACCAAUACGGAGUAGGAUUUUAGUUCAUUCUGGCAGAUGCCAUAAUUACUCCUUACUUCCUAUUUGUGUAGGAAUUAUUAAGAAACCCAAUACAGAUAGGAUCAUACGAUUAGGAAAGUUUAAUUUUAUAUAUAGAGAUCGAACUCCCUCCCUAGCUCCUGCCUUCAUUCUCAUAGUCAUCUGCCUUUAUCUUUACUGCCAAGCCUCAAGCUCUCAAAUACUUGAACCACUCUUAAUUAGCUUCUUCCAUCAGAUUGGAUUCCUUCUUCGGAAAACACACACAUAUAUGGCUAUGAGUCUGAACUGUGGGUUGAUCAGUUCUUUGGAGAAGGAACUGGAUGAAUGGAGGAAGAGAUUACAGGACCCUUUCUCUCCGGAACGUACUUUGGCAUUUCACAAAUUUCCAGGAAACAACAACGUCGAUUGGAAUCAGUUUGUUGGAGGAUCAUAUAAUUGCCGCUCAUGUUAUAAUUAUAAUGAUAUUGCAAGGAACAACAACUACGGAUAUGAGUGCUUUUCAAGACAGAAUAGUUCAAAGGACGUGUUUGUCCGCAUGGCUAAAACGCAUGAGGGGUCACUUGAACUUCAAAAUCUGAUUAAGAAUGGGAAUCCAAGAGACAGACAAGAAGUUCUUGAUGGAAUUAUUGGAUGCAUAUUUGAUGUGAUGAUCGAUCCACAUGGUCACCAUCUCUUCCGAAGAAUUCUUGAGUUUUGUGAUUCUAGUCAGUUGGACACCAUCUUUGUCACCUUGAUAUCACGCAAGGAGUUGCUUAUCAACAUAUCUCUUGUGCAAUACGGGUCAAGUGCAGUUCAAAGAUUUAUCAAAAGACUUAAAAACACUGGGUUAGGGCAAUUCGUUGCAAUCAUCCUUUCCAUGAGAUUUGUCGAGCUGAUGACUAGCGAGCACGGUAGAUUUGUUGUUCAAGAGUGCUUUUACACCUUCAAGGCUAAAGAAAACGAGGUCUUGUUUACUUGUGCAAUCUCUUACUUGAAAGAGGUGGCAACAACACAAUAUGGAUGUUCCUCCUUGAAUGUUUGCGUGAAUUGUACUAGUGGUGCCCAAAGACAAAUAUUGCUCAAAAGUAUUGCAGAAAAAUCAAAUUUCUUAGCCAAUGAUCCUUAUGGGAAUUAUGUUGUCCAGGAAGUCUUGAUGCUUAGGAACGAUGAGAUCACACAAAAAAUAUGUGACUGCCUUAAGAGGGAUUACCUACGCUUAGCUUUUAAAAGAAGUGGAAGUCGUGUUGUUGAAAAAUGCAUAAAAGCAUCAAAGUACGGAUUGGAUUCGGUAGUUGAGAGCUUUCUCAGUAGUGAAAAGAGCUUAGUGCUACUUGCCCGUGAUCGGUUUGGAAAUUAUGUUAUACAAUCAGCUCUUGAGACUGCAAAGGCAAGUAAUAUCAAGUAUUAUGAAUCUCUUGUUACUAUCCUUAGGGUGCAAUGCUUGGCUUUUUCUCAUAUCAAACUUGGGAAGCAUAUAUUGAAACACGUAGAAGAUUUGUAAAGCAAUGUGGGAAAUGCCUGAUCUGAUUUUUUUCAUCAAUUGUACUGAUUGAAAUGCAUGCUCCAAAACUCUGUUUGGAAAGUUGAGUAGUUCGUAUUUUUUUUUAUUUUUUUAUUUUUUUCACUAGUAAUAUUGUUUAUUAGUUCAGUGUUGGGCUUGUUACAUUACUAAACCAAAAGUGUAACAUGUCCUGGACUAAAUCAAAGAUGAGUUAGUUUAUUUACAGAAGCAAAUCCAAAUUGAGCUUGAAUAAGAAUGCAAGUUGAAUUCAAUCUA